CUCCCGGCCUCCCAUCUUCAUCCACUAAAAUGCAAUCCUCGUCUCUUCAUCUCUUCACCUCCCCACCAACCAAACCAAACCACCUUAAAUUCACCUGCAAAAUCCUUACCAAUCCUUCCAAAUUAACCUUUCCCUUAAAGCUACCACAGUCACCGCUGCCAACGCCACACCCACCGCUUUAUUCGUCUCCUACUGAUUCUCCAGAGCCUAUUUUCAGCCCCACCAAACAAGCUUUCCCACUUCACUUUAACCCAAUUCAAAAGCUAGCGGCCUUGGCUUUAGACAAAAUUGAAGAUUCAGUGAUUGGAUACUUUGGCAAAGCCAAAACGUUGCCAAAAAGGGUCGACCCCACGGUUCAGAUAUCGGGUAAUUUUGCUCCGGUUCAGGAGUGCCCGGUUCAGCAUCGGCUCAAAGUUGUCGGCCAGAUUCCAUCUUGCUUACAUGGCGUCUAUGUUCGAAAUGGCGCCAAUCCUAUGUUUGAGCUCUCAGGUGGACACCAUUUAUUUGACGGCGAUGGUAUGAUUCACGCCGUUACUUUAGGAUUUGGAAAUCAAGCCAGUUACAGCUGUAGGUACACGCGCACAAGCCGGCUCGAGCAAGAAGUCCAAUGGGGUAGACCGAUAUUUCCCAAGCCGAUUGGUGAGCUGCAUGGUCACUUGGGUUUGGCUCGGCUGGCUUUGUUUAUGGCUCGUGCUGGAGCCGGCUUGGUGGAUGGGUCAUGUGGUAUGGGUGUGGCGAAUGCGGGGCUGGUUUACUUCAACGGUAGAUUGUUAGCCAUGUCGGAAGAUGAUCUUCCUUACCAAGUUAAUAUCAAAUCCAACGGUGAUCUUGAAACAAUCGGACGGUUCAAUUUUGAUGGUCAGCUUGAUUGUCCCAUGAUUGCACACCCUAAAGUGGACCCCGUCACAGGUGAUUUGCAUGCACUUAGUUACAAUGUUGUGAAGAAACCGUACUUGAAGUACCUGAGGUUUGAUAAUGAGUCAGGAAAGAAGUCACGUGAUGUGGACAUUUCCCUCGAUCAACCAACCAUGAUUCAUGACUUCGCUAUUACAGAAAAUUGUGCCGUUAUCCCGGAUCAUCAAGUGGUAUUCAAGUUAUCCGAAAUGAUCUGGGGCGGGUCACCCGUUAUUUAUGACAAAACCAAGACCUCCCGGUUCGGAAUUCUGUCAAAAAAUGACCUCACUGAAUCGGGUAUUCGAUGGAUCGACGUACCGGAUUGUUUUUGUUUCCAUUUAUGGAAUGCAUGGGAGGAAACUUCUAGAAAUGGUGAUGAGAUUAUUUUUAUUAUCGGGUCAUGCAUGAACCCGCCUGACUCCGUUUUCAACGAUUACAAAGAGCCAGUUCGGAGUGAAUUAUCGGAGAUACGAUUGAACUUAACAAGAGGAGAGUCAACCCGGCGGCUUAUAGUGUCGGGUAUGAAUUUGGAAGCGGGUCAGGUAAACAAGCAGCAAUUGGGUAAAAAGACCCGGUUUGUUUACCUGGCAAUAGCGGAACCAUGGCCGAAGUGUAGUGGCAUAGCGAAGGUUGAUUUAGAGACUGGUGAAGUGACAAAGUUGAUGUACGGGUCAAGUCGGUUUGGUGGUGAACCAUAUUUUUUAGCAGAAAGGAAAAACGGAAGUGAAGGAGACGGGUAUAUAAUGAGCUUUGUGAGAGACGAGAGAAGAGAAACAUCUGAGUUGGUGAUAGUGAAAGCAUCAAGCAUGAAGAUGGUGAGUUCAGUGAGGUUGCCUAGUAGAGUUCCUUAUGGGUUUCAUGGCACUUUUGUUACUGAAAAUGAAUUAAAUGGACAGGUCAUAUGAUGAAGUUUAUGUGUAUCCAUGAGUUGUAUUUAUGUGUAGCAGGCCAGCAGGAUAGUUAAUGGAUAGUUAUAUAAAGGCCUAAUGACAUUCCCA